AUGCCGAUAGGAAAACUUGAACCUUUCGACCUUAAUUCAAAGCAAUGGCCAGCUUAUAUUCGACGAGUUAAGCAAUAUAUUAUUUUGAACGAGAUAAAAGACGAACUACAAGUGCCGUUAUUAAUAACUGUCGUCGGAGAAACUACGUAUUCAUUAAUGUGUGACCUAUGUUCACCAACACACCCGGAAUCAAGAUCUUUUGACGAUCUAGUCAAAUUGGUAUCAGAUCAUUUGGAACCACAACGAUCCGAAAUAGCAGAACGCCACGUGUUUCGUUUAAGAAGACAACGUGUCGGUGAGCCUUUGUCGGAAUACCUGCAGAAUUUAAAACAUCUAGCCACUACUUGUAAUUUCGGGACGAUGCUAGAAGAGAAUUUACGGGAUCAAUUUGUUUCGGGCUUGGUAAAUGAAGCAAUGCGUUCGAGAAUUUUCGCUGAACGGAAUAUAAAAUAUAAGGAGGCGGUGGAGCUGGCUCUGGCGCUAGAGGCUGCAGAGAAGCACGCGGAGGUGAGCGGCGCAACGGCUGUGCCGACAUCGGCUUCCGGUGCAGGCGGCGAAGCAAGCGAAGGCUUAUUUCAAACGAGUGCGGGGCGUAAGUCGGCUAGGCCGGUGUCUGGCGCUGGAAGGGCGCGUGUCCGGGAAGCUGCGAAGGUGCGGUGUUGGCGUUGUGGGAAGCUUCAUCACGCUUCAAAAUGUAGAUUUGCACAGUACAGUUGUGAUAAGUGUCAUAAAAAAGACCAUUUAAAAGUGAUGUGUGAUGAAGUGCGUAAUCGACCGUUGUAUCGUAAUAAUUAUUAUCAAGACGGAAGUAGUACCGAGGAGGAAGAUAUCUUUAAUAUUGAGUUAAUAAGCAAAGGUAAUAAGCCCUAUUUACUUAAGUUAAUUGUCGAUAAGCAUUUAUUAGAAUUUGAGAUAGAUACUGGAAGCCGUAUUUCCGCUAUUAGUCAAGAAUUAUUUAAUAAGAUAUUUACACAAAAAACAAUUAUAUCCGAUAAUUUACUUUUACGCUGUUAUACUGGUUUACAAAUUGAAUCUAUGGGUUUUAUAUAUGUCAAUGUAUCGUUAGGUAGUGUUAAGGCAGAAAAAUUAAGUUUAUAUAUUAUAAAAAAUGGAUCGCGUCCUCUAUUGGGUCGAGAUUGGAUUCGUGCGCUUAAAAUUAAGCGAAUAACUUUGAAAGAAAUCCAAGAGGAUAGUUUAGUUGAAAAAUUAAUUAUCGAAUAUCCCGAAGUAUUUACAGAUAAGUUAGGCACUUGUAAAAAACAUAUUGAACUACAGCUGAUAGAUAAGAAUCCGGUUUAUGUUCGCGCACGAGUAGUCCCCUUAGCAUUGCGUAAGCGCGCCGAGCCCGUAAGCGCCCGUAAGCGCCCG